CCGAAUCACCAAAUGUACCACAAUGGUACCACAAGCAAUGUUGGAUGGUGAUUUUUUUACCAUCAGAUCGUACACGAAAACCAACGUGUUGCGAGAAACAACUAUUGUAUUUUAGAUUUGACUCGACUGUAUGUACGCUUUCAAGCUGUGUUCUUCGUAUAGUAAAAAUACGUUUUUAAGGCGUUUCUGGGAAUUUUUUGGCGGCCAACUAUAUCGAACCAGACGUGAAUGAUGGUCAUAGUGAAAUUAGAAUGUUGAAGGAUCCUGUGAUUAGCAAGGAAAUGCGGCCAGAUCGAAUAUUUACGUUCUUGUUUGGCGUGCGCUGAUAAGUGUGUAUAGUCUGGUCUCGUUCAGAAGGUCUUUAUAGUUUAAAGCGUAAUUACCUUCAGGUAUCGCAUCACUUUUUUUUUCUUUGUUUAAUAGCAACCGUAAUUUGAGUUCGCUAUCUUUAACGAUUACUGGUGCUGCCAAUGGCAAACGUAAUAAAUAUAUAUAUGUAUAUAUAUAUAACUAGAAACCAAGAUUGGAUGACUGCAGUAAAUUGUUUGGUGCGCAGAAGAACAAAAUUAUGGAAAAGCUCCUACCAAAAACGAGUUCUGAGUUCACCUCAAAGGAGUACUGGGACUGCUUUUUCAAUCGGCGGGAAUCUGCAUUCGAAUGGUACGGUGAGUACCACCAGCUGUCGCCUAUAGUCUUCAAGUAUGCCAAGCCAUCGGACCGCAUACUUGUCGUGGGCUGCGGCAACUCGGCCAUGUCGUACGACCUACAUCAGAGUGGCUACAAGAAUGUGGUUAGCGUUGAUAUCUCGGAUAUAGUCAUCAACCAGAUGAAGAAAAAAUAUCCAGAACUUGAUUUUCGUCAUAUGGACGCAACGAAGUUGGAGUUUAGCGACUCAGAAUUCAAUAUAGUGAUUGAUAAGGGAACCAUCGAUUCACUAUUGCCGAAUUUUUCAAAAAAAAAUAUUACCACAGUGGAAAAGGUCCUGUCGGAGAUCACACGAUGUUUGCGGCACGGAGGUCGUUUCAUGUGUGUUACGCUGCUGCAAAAUCAGGUAUCACAGGUUUUAUUUGGUUUCUUUAGUCAGUCGGUUGAUGAUGUCACGUGGGUAGUGCGUGUUCAUCGAUGUGUCGAAGCAGAAGAUACGAGGCACGAAUUUACCUUGCCUGUGUACGUUGUUGUUGUUACUAAAAUGAGACGAUUACCUGUUGGUCCGUAUGUCUUCGAGUCAAUGGUUAAUAUCAAUGCCAAGUCUGUUAGGCAUUCCUCCGUCGAAGCCCUUCUUGCCGAUAUUAAAGAUCAACAGAGCUACGCUUUUUUACGGAACCAUUUAUGUCAUGCUACGCUUGACAAAGAAUGUCGAACCGAGCUAUAUUCGGCAGAAAGUGACAAACCUAAAUAUGAGCUCUUUAUUGUAGAUACGCCUGGCGCAGAUCGACAAUCCGGUCUUAAAUUUGCUUGUUUUAUAGUGCCUGAAGGGCGCGAAUCCGAAUGGCUCUUCGGCACAACUGAAGGACGCAAGCUAUCCGCGAAACAGUGCCGAGCGUCUCGGGUCGUUUUUGUGCAUUUAAGCCGUAGUUUCACGUAUAACAGCAUAGAGGAGAUCAAGGACGAGCUGUCGGCUCCCAUUCGUCAAUUAACGCCCAAGUCUUACAAGCAAGGAUCUCUGAUCCCGUUUCUAUCUGCGGGCAAAGCUGCUAAUAAUCGAACAUUAAUAGAGAAGAAUUAUAGUCCGAUUAGCGGUGACUUUGUUAUUGAAGACGUUAAGGUCGGCAACGAAAUCUACCGGCGGCUAAUUUUCCUCGAUCGGCCAUCCGUUAUCCAAACGGAGAUGCGGGUCUACAAGACAAGAGUCGACUAUACGUACUUAUCAAGUGAAUACUAUAAAUUUAUGGUGGCAGCUCUAGGUUUUUUUGGCAAUCAAGCUGGAUCCGCUUUACUGCUUGGUCUUGGGGGCGGAAUGUUGGCGUCAUACACUGCAAAGUAUGCCAAGUGGAAAGUGCAGGCCGUCGAAUUGGAUCAAGCAGUUAUCGAUGUAGCUAAGAAGCACUUUGGACUAGUUGAAAAUGUCGAAACCGAGUGCGGCGACGCUCUUGACUUUGUGCGAACGUCCAAGGAAAAAUUUGAUAUCAUUUGGCUUGAUAUUGAUAGCAAAGACGUCUCACACGCACUUACGUGUCCACCUGAGGCGUUCUUGCAAGAAGAAUUCCUCAAAAACGUUGAGAGACUUCUAAGAACGAAGGGAGUCUUUGUACUCAAUCUAGCCUGUCGCGACGAAAAUAAGUGCAAGGAUGUAUAUAAAACAGUGGCUGAUAAUUUCAGAAAUUUAAAAAUGGUCGAUGUUCCAACGGACACGAACCAGGUCAUCUAUGCUUCGAACAGUAAUAGUCUUGAAUGUAACGUAAAAGAGAUUCGAUCACUGCUUAAACGAUUUAACAAAGACAACGAUGUGGAGGAUUUCGAAAAAAUGCUACAGAAUAUUGAGCUUUGAUUUACAUUUGAAAAAAUACUUGUAAAUAUAAAUAAAUACUUACAUUUGUUCCUUGAAUUAGCAAUCGAUAUUAUUACUACUAAAUGCCCAUCGGUAGUCUGUAGAAAGAUGAAAAUAUAAAAAAAAACGUACAUCUUUCAGUUGCUUGCAUUUCUUCAGAAGUAAGCGUUGCUGUACACCGGACAUUACUCAACGAAACGGAUAGGUCGAAAUAAACUAUGUUGUGCAAAACCUUAAGAACUAGCGAAUACGUAAUGAAGGCUGCUUACUAUAACAAUCAUCUUAAGUUUUGUUUAUUCGUUUAUCUUUAGGUCGUAUCUAACCAACUAAAUAAUAAUGUUCGUAUAUGAUACAAAAUUUCUGCAAGAAAGGUUAUUUAAGUGUGAAAAAUCAGUUUAGAGUUCCGAGAGCUUUAGGCUCUAUUUGCAGAUAGCCAACCGAAGCAAAGUGCGCAUUUUUAUGACUGGAAAUAGUGUUAUGAGAAAAAUGUACGGUUAUAUUUAGAAAAAGAUAUUAGCGAAUAUAAUAUCCGUUUAAGCGCUCGUGCAAUUAUAAAUUAAAAAUAUAUAUAUAUAUAUAGAGUGGUCGUUUAUUUAAAUUGUAUUGUUUUUUAAGAA